AUUACAGGAACCUAUGCAAACAGCAAUGAAGUGCUCACUGCGCAGCUGCUGAAGUAACGUUAGUUGUGCUAGUGUUCAAGUGAGAAGUUACGAAGAGGCGGUAAUUUGAAACAACACAGACGUUUUAUUUGCCAAUAUCUGGCAGAUCGAGGAUAUCACAUUCAAGAACGACAGGUCUGGAAUCACAUAUGUAAUGAAUCCCUGGGACCCCAUUACUUAUACAGUGACACCUGCCGCUAAGAUUUUAGCCAGAUGUGUAACAUCAGGCACCAUGACACAGGAGGAGCUUGAUGCUCUCCCACAGGAUUCAGAAGUAUUUUCCUCGUAUUUACUUGAAGCUGAGCAGCUCAGCAGAAUUAGACAUGAUCUUGAUCAGACUAGUUUAGAUUUAGAACUGCUGAAGCUGGAAAGAGACGGUGCAGACGUCACUCACAGUCAUUACCUCAGUCAAAGGUUUGCUUCCUUGCAACAGUUCACUUCCCAUCUUCAGGAAGUAUUGCGAGAUCAGACAAUCCUGCUAGAGAGACUCACAAAGCCACUGUGUCAGCAGAACCUGCCCAUUCAGGCUGAUCUUCACAGAUAUGUGGUAGAGCUCAUGGGGAUGGUGGUGGAGUUCAUUCAGAACCUGGAAAUGAAAAUUGAGAUUGUUCGAGCAAUUCCAAACACUGGUAGUUAUCUGAGUAAUCUGAACAAUGGCAGAACUCAACUGCUGGCUCAAGUCACUGAGGUUGAGAACCUGUACAAGCAAGUUCUUAAGCGACGAGGACAUUCACAGGAAUGAAAAUGACUUUAUACAUCGAAAUAUAAGCUAUCAUAUUUUGUUUAAUGUUGUUCUAUUCUGUGUACCUAGUGGUUGUUGACAAGGAACUUUGAUACAUUAGAGAAAACUGAUUUAUGGAUUAUAUUCUGCAGCAGUAUAUAUACAUUUUCAGGCAUGUUUAAUUUUUGUGAGUUUUUCUUUUGUAAUAAUUAUAGUAAAUAAAUGUUUCGGCGCUAGGAACCAGCA